AUGAUGGUCUCUGAUGAAGAGAAACGAUGGAUUGUUGUGGGAAUUGCCAUGAACAAAGUUGCUGCUCCUGUUUUGCGGGAUGCUGUCAAACAAGGGAUGGACACCAACUAUGCAAAUCUGGACAGACACUGUCACCUUCUCCACCCGCCUUGUACUCUGAAAACAUUAACUCAUGGUGUGGUCCGAGCAGAUCCUAUCUUGAAGAACCUGAAAUUUCAAAAUAUAAACAACAAUCAUCUUGUUCGUGGUGUAUACUUAUACAACUUUAACAUCAAUAGCUCUUUAGAUUUGGCCAAGUUAUAUCUGCCAGGUUAUCUGGCUCAGUUUUCAGGCUUUGAUGACUCACUGGACAUGACUGCCUUCCUUCGUCUGUUGGGAUUUAGGAACUACAUGCCUGCUGUUGUGUUCUCUCCACACACCCAGACUUCAGCUGAUGAUGUCAGGGAAAAUGUCAGAAACAAAUGGGGCCAUGUUGAUGUAACUGUGUGGACAGAUGCUCUGUUCAAUGAUUGCUUUGACAAGCUGAAGACAUUGGUGAGGAGUCUGGGACUGACAGCUGUUGUGGAGAAGAACACAUUAAAUCAGCUUGCUGACUGGCAAACAAAAGGUACCAUUAAACAUGUACCUACAGUAAAUUAUAGUCAGAAAUUAUUUCUCAGUUUCUAACUUUAGUAGCCACUAUUCUGUUUUAGCACGGUAUCUCAAAUGAGGGAAUAAAGUUUGAACCACCCCCAGUCUGGUCUCUUCAUUCAGUUUUCUUGCAGUUAGCAUAGCUUUUCCUCUUUUCAACUCUGACCCCUGACCUCUCACUGUUCGUCAAAUAACUCCUUACAUAUAUAAUAAAAAGUACCGAUGUUAAUUUGCAGCUGGCCCCUGCCACAUUAUCAAGUCAAUUAGUGCUUGGGGUUCACCCUCGGUAGUUCAUACAUGCACAUGUGUGCUGAUGUCUCUGUUUGAUUGAUACAACGAUAAGAGGACAAAUUCAUUGGCAACUGCUUAGCUUGGCCUCUGAUGGCAGUGAAAGAUCUGUAAGGCAGUACAUACAAGUCUACUGACACUAUAUAACAGUUUUGUUUCUCUGUAAAAUCUGCAUUAAUCUUCUGUAAACGUCACAACGUUCUGAGUUUGAAAAGUCCACUGAACUGAAAUGUUAUGUGGUUAAAUUUAUUAUAGGAUGCCAUCUGGUUAUGGGACAUGCUGUGGAUAAAGAACUUCAACAGGAAGUAAGGGUCCUAAUCAAGAACAUCCAAUCACGAAUGAGACUAAAGAACAAGAAAAUUUGUGAAAUUGAAGAGGAUGUUGCUAUCCUUAAAGAUGAAAGUUCAUGCAAGAGAGCAAGGCUAGAUGCACAUGAUGAACAUCUUUAUUCCGUACAAGAGAAGGUACAGGAAGUAUUAGAGAGCAUUGGAGAGAUGGAAAAGGUUCUAGAAAGACUGGUGUCUUUUGAAGCAGAGUUAUCCAAAAGACUUCUUGCGGUAGAAGAAGGCCUUGCUAAGACAGAUGGCAGAGUAGAAAUAAUGGAGCAAAGUCAAACAAAGGUAGUUGUUGAAGUAGACCUGCUAAAGCAAAGACACACUGAGACACUUAGAAAAGUAGAUCAACUGGAACAGUCUCAAACAAGUGAAGUAGAACGCCUGAAGCAAAGUAAUAUUAAAACAGUUGGUGAUGUUGAAAUGUUAAAGCAAAAUCAUUCUGAAGCAGUUGCUAAAGUAGAUCAACUGCAGCAAAGAUGUGCCAAGACUGAUGGCAAAGUGGAGCAAAUGGAACUGGAUGUGAAAAAUUGGAUGACACAGACUGACAAACCAGGUGUGUGCAGUGUUAGCUAUUUCUUUUCGUUUCUUUAAAAAAACCUGUUGCUUAUAUUUUUUGUCAGUUGAAGUAAGUGCUUACUUAAUAAUUAAUUGCAUCAAAACUAACUGAUCUUCGAAAUUUCCGCGCGUUUUGAUUGGCUCCCGUAACUCAGAAUAUCCUUGGAUAUUCACUGUUUUGGGACGCGAUUCAAAAUGGCUUCUUUUUUUGCGACAGAUUAGGAAGAUGAAAAACUAUAGGGAGUGGUUAUGGAUUUUUAGAUAGUGAGUACGGAUUAUGAAAUAUCCACAGAUCGAAAAGUUGGAGUUACUUAAAAUCAGUGAACACUUUAUUAAUUAUUCCAAGGGAUAUGGCUCUAUGGCUCAGACAAUUUUAAGCAUGCCCAUCCCCUUCGGGAAUUUGUUAAGUGCUGUGUUCCCACACUGUGGGGUAUCUGUCUUCAAAGUUGUACACGGGAUUGGGAAUUUGUCAUAUAUGAGUUUAUUCUUUUCUUUGACUUUUAUUUAAAAAAUCCACGACAUUUAAAAAAUGCAUAAGUAGAAGCUUAAAGAUAGACGUGGUAUCUCAAGACAUUCUGUUUAAUCAAAAUGUUAUUGCCUUCUACCGAACGUCAACCAGAUGAAAGUGGCGGAUUUUGAAGAGAAGAGCACCCCAUUGUGAAAAAAAUAGCCUGAGUUCUGAGGCGUUUCUGGGGGAAGUGGAAAUAGAGAAGCGAAAGAGAGAGAGCGAAUCUCAUCUUCUCCACCCCCUUAGGAAGACCUGAUACUCAGGCUAUGAAAAAGAAUGUGUUAAGAAGCGUUACAAAAAAAAGAAUUAAAAUUAGCUUUGUAAGCAAACAUUAAUUAUUGCUGCCUUAAAAUUUAUGUAAAGUUUUAUACAGCAAAGUACAUUUACUGUUCGUGGUAAAAUUUCCACCGUCAUGACGUUCUUUUCGAAUUAGUUGAUUUUUAUCAAGCAAUGUGUUGUUAUUUUUCACUUUUGUAAGUAAAGUUAAUACUGUUUCGACAACUUACUCAGUGCAUGCGAUUUUUAGCUUCUUAUGAAGGACACAUACCUUUUGCCUCGUCCCCAGGGUGUGGCAUUUGCACUCCUUUGCCACUCUCUGCAGUUUUUGUAUGAAUCUGUUGGCCUCACUGUUGGACAAUUGCAGCUUUCCUAAGAAAAAAAAAUGACAAAUGCUCGGGGUGGAAGUGGAAGUGCCUGAGCCAUUAUUGUUCUAGUUUUGCGCUAAGAAUUGACUUUGCCACGUGGUGGCCAAUCUUGAGACCCAAGAAUAACCCGGUCAAAUAGUUCUUUUGAUUUCCUACUCUCACCCUUACAAAUCUGAAAAGUAUAUGAUUAUUUUGUACUUUGUUCUGAGCUUCAGGUUGAUUAUUAAGUUUAAGUGAAGCCCUUGGUUUUAACUCAAUCUGUUUAUUAUACUAAUUCAGGCACUAAUGGAAGUGUUUGUUUAAUAGAGGAGUUAUGAAUCCUUUUGAACCACUUUAAGGAGGGGUUAUAGACCUAUGUUCUCAGGGGUUAAGAAUCAUCCUUUCCCUCUCCGCCUCUAUAACGAAAACUGUCUUAAAGUUUAGAAAAUCAAGAGAGGAUUCUCAUAUUCUUGACAAAUUUCUAAAAUGAGAAUUUAACAGCCUUGACUUUGAAGCACUUUGCUUAGCUUUCGCAAAUUUCUUUCGUUUGACGGCGAUGAACCUGUGCACAGUCAAGGGGUGAUUAAAGUCUAAUAGAAGGGUGGAGACAUUUUGUUUUAAUAAAAGUGUAAAAUCCGAAACGCAGUAGAGUCCUUACGACUUGUUUAAACAGGAGUGCGGUUAGGGGAACGGCUUCAAAUUCUAGAUAUGUUCAUUUCAUAAUUAAUGGCGUUUUAUCAUUCAGAGAAGGUGUGAAGUGAAAACUUAAUCGUUUCUGUCAAAUUUAGAGACAGGUUCGGGUUUUUUUAUGUGAAUAAUUAUAUUGUCAGUUUUCUAAUUCGUUUUAACGUGUUUUAUGGCAGCUAAGCUUUUUGGUUUAGUCUAUACCACGUGUUGUUGGACGUGCUACUGACUACUGACUAAAUUUCUCUUUCUCCCAGAAGCCUCAUGUAUGAAAUCGUUCGACCUGAACUCCUGUCGAAACAAACUAGAUGAUCAUUACCAAAAAACAGCAACUGUGCCCACUUCUGUUUGGAGUAAAAAAUCCGUUGUUGACAUUCACCAGAUCUACACAAGACUGUCCUGGGUGAAAGAGGAACAGACGCCAACUGGAACAACACAGUCUGAACUGAAGCAUUACACUGAACUUUUUACAGCAAACAAGAACGGCGUCAUUCCAAAGAGAAUUCUCGUGCAAGGGCAGACGGGAAUUGGAAAAAGCACCUUUGUUAAGAAACUGCUUGUUGAUUGGGUUGGAGUUAGCAAGGGGACUGGUGAUGAGCAAGCAGCUGUUUUGAAGAAUUUUGAGCUUGUGGUUGCUGUGAAUCUCAAAGAAGUGUCCAAAUGUCAAAGCCUUAGAGAUGUCAUAACACUGUCCAAUGUGUUUGCAAAGGAAGACAAAUAUAUGACAGAAGGCCUCGUUGAUUACAUCACUAACAACCAAGAGAAAGUUCUUCUGAUCUUUGACGGCUAUGACGAGUACCGCUGUGGACGCGACUCAGAAAUUUACGAGAUUUUCAGUGGAAACAACCUGAGAAGCUGCUGUGUCUUGAUAACAACUCGUAUUUCCAAAGCUGACGAGCUACGAGGUGGUGAAGACCUUCAUGCUGAAAUCAUUGGUUUUAGUGAAGAAGAUAGAGAGUGCUUUAUGAGUAGAUUCCUCAACAGCGAAGAAGUGUCGAACUUAGAGGAUCACUUGUAUGAGAGACAAUUAGAGGAACUGGCGAAAGUCCCCUUACUUCUCCUGUUUUUCUGUAUUCUGUGGAGAAAAGGGCAGUCAAAAAGCUUUCCUAAAUCGAAGACUACAUUGUACAUGGACAUCAUCCAGUUCAUUUUAAAUCACAGCCAUAGCAAGCAAACAGGUGAUAAAACAAAAAAAGCACCUCAGUAUGUGGAGCUAAAAUCUUUCAAAGACAUCCUCUCUGAAAUAGGUAAAGUUGCCAUACUAGGUCUCCUGAAGGAUGAUCAUUUGUUUGAAUAUAGUCAGUUAUCCGAUUCUGUCCGCUGUGAUGAAAGCGUCUUCAUUGGUUUGCUUCAAAUCACAGAAUAUUCAGAAACCUCACAACCUGUUGGAAUGGUUUCCUUUAUUCACAAGAGCAUACAGGAGUUUCUGGCCGCAUGGUACAUCACCUACAGAUGUAUACCUGAAGGCGGAAAUCUUGGUGAAAUUGGAUUGAAGUUAGAGGAGUGCUUGGCUUUGGAGAAUGUUUUGCAGUUUGUCUGUGAUCUGAGCGAAGAUGGAGCAUUUGCGACUUUCAAGCAUUUGAAGUCUGUUAGAAUCUCAGAUCCUUCGCUGGAUUUAUCUAAGACAGUCCCGGACGUAGAAAGCGAAACAGACGCGCCAUUAAGUGACGUCACUGAGCGUCAGUGGCAGUUCAGCGAUUUGGUUUUGGAUUUAUUUGAGAGGGUCGAACCAAAAGCUGAUCUUUCAAGACCUUGUUUGGAUUGCCUUGGAAGUGUCCUCCUUCUUCGCUCAAAAAGAUCCUUUCCUGAAGACCUUCUGUUAAGGACAAAGGAAGCUAACCCCCUGUCUUUGGUUUUUGGGAAAACAAGUGGUUUUUUUAUAAAUCCCACAGACUCAGUCUUGACACUGAAUAACAAGGUGGUUAAAAUGCUGGUAACUGACGGUUCUGAAAAUCUCAAUGUAGCAGAAUUUUUAGAAAAAUUUCUAAGUAUUAGAAAUUGUAAAGAGUGUGGUUUUUUCUCAGUACUUUGUUUUCGUGAUGGCCAGGUCUACCUUUACAUUACACACUUACGGCUCUCGUGCAAAGACCACGUCAGGCUAUUCUCUAGCCAUGUUCUUUUUUCUCAUGCAGUGCAUUCGUAUUCAGGACAGUUAUUUCUAAAAUUUCUGAAAACCCUCAAGUGUCCUACUUUUCGAUAUUCAAUGAAAGGUCUUGGUGAAGUCAUCAAACACUGUAAUCAUUUGGAACGCGUUGAAAUUUCAAGCCAAGAUAAUUCUCUACAUUAUCUCUUGGAGCAAGUGCCAAAUCCUCACAAAUGCUCCUUGUCUAUCAGGUUUUCUGAGUUAAGUUCAAUCGCAGCAGUGCGGAAGCUUGCGUCUUUAUUACCAAGGUUUGAAACCGUCACUCAUCUCGACCUCAACUUGGCUAAAUGCUCAGCUAAAGCUGCAACACGUUUGAUUACUGCUAUUAAACACAAAACUCUUGAGGAACUGGAGCUUAGUGGGUUGCGUCUAAAGCGAGCAGAAGCCGGUAAUUCACUGUCUGAAUUAUCAACCUUACGAAUAUUGAAGAUAAGUUGUUUGCCUGACUUCUCUGAUGAGGCAUUAACAAGAUUGCUUGCCACUAUCAAACACAAGACUCUAGAGAAACUGGAACUGCGUGAAAUCCACCUGACGGCAGCAGUGGCCGAGACGCUCGGUCAGUCGCUGCCUGAAUUAUCAGCCUUAAAAAGGUUUGAGAUAAGUUGCUUACCUGACUGCUCCGAUGAAACAUUAACAAGAUUGCUUGCCGCUAUCAAGCAAAUAACUCGACUCGAGAUACUGGCACUGAGAGAGAUCAAUUUAACUUCAGCAGUGGUCGAAGCGCUCUGUCAGUCGCUGCCUGAAUUAUCAGCUUUAGAAAGACUGCAGAUAAUGGGCUGGUGUGCGGGUUGUAGUUUGCAGUUAGAGAUAGAGACAGAGAUCAUUAGUUGGCAAUCAAUACCAACAAUUCAAAUAAGUGGCUGGAAUGAAUACUCUGAUGAAGCAGUAACAAGAUUGAUUGACGUCAUUAAGCACAAGACUCCUGAUGAACUGAAACUGAGUGAAAUCAACCUGAAGUUAUCAGUCGCUGAGUCGCUGAGUCAGUUGCUGCCUGAAUUAUCAGCCUUAACAAGGUUUGAGAUAAGUUGCUUACUUGACUGCUCCGAUGAAACAUUAACAAGAUUGCUUGCCGCUAUCAAGCAAAUAACUCGACUCGAGGAACUGGUACUGAGAGAUAUCAAUCUAACUUCAGUAGUGGUCGAAGCGCUCUGUCAGUCGCUGCCUGAAUUAUCAGCUUUAAGAACACUGCAGAUAUCAGGCUGGUGUGCGGGUUGUAGUUUGCAGUUAGAGAUGGAUUUUAAGAUCUUUGGUUGGUCAUCACCAACACUAAAAAUAAGUGGCUGGAAUGAAUGCUCUGAUGAAGCAGUAACAAGAUUGAUUGACGCCCUUAAGCACAAGACUUAUGUUGAACUGGAACUCUUUAAAAUCAACCUGAAGUUAUCAGUCGCUAAGUCGCUGAGUCAGUUGCUGCCUGAAUUAUCAGCCUUACAAACACUGAGGAUAAGUGUCCUGGAUGAA